AUGGAGUUAAGUUACUUAGUACCUGCCUCUGAAAAACUUUUCCUUGAACAUGGAUUUUCUGCUACCGACUGCCAAGUGAAGGAACUAGAAGAAAUUGCUAUUUUAUACAUAAAUAAAGCACUUUUGUAUGAAGUAAACACUAUACAAUAUUGUAAAUCUCUCAAAAUCUGCACCCUGUCCAACAAUUUCAUUACAAACAUAAAUUCUCUCCGGGGUUGUUCUAAUUUAAUUAAAUUGGAUUUACAUGGAAAUCAGAUUAAAAUCCUUCCAGAGGGAGAUUUUUGGUGUGAGCUAAAAGAGUUAAAGCUUCUUUAUCUUCACAACAAUAGGAUUGGAAGUGUGAAAAAUGUUGAAUUCCUCUCUGCAUGUCCAAGCCUUGUAGGGUUAACACUCUUUGAUACACCCUUAGCAAUACAGAGACGAUACAGGCAUAUUGUAGUUAACACUAUCUGGUCUUUGAAAGCACUUGAUAAUCAUGUGAUUUCUGAUGAGGAAAUUGUUGAAGGUUGGAAUUUUAACAACAAAUUCAAAGCUCUGAAUCCUAAUUUUCAUAUUAACAUGUUACCUGCUCCAAGAAAGGAGUAGUUUUUUAGGCCCUCUGACUUUCAGUGCAUGGUGGGGAUUAUUGCUAAGAUCAAUCAUAUUCUGGCUCAUUAUUCGCACUGUGCUAAUUCCAGAAAUGGGACACGAGGAUAUUUAACACCGAAACGUUUGGGUAUUAUUACUCCAAUGAAAAUGCAAAGGAAGAAAAUACAUAUCUUGCAUGGAACGAGGCAGGAGGAGGAUUUAAACAAUUCCACUAUAAAUAAAAUAGUGAUGCAUAGGCUUCCUGCACUUACACUCAACAAAGAAAAACGAAAACCUAUUAUAGUUAAUCAGGGCUCGAGACAAGUGAACAGUGCACCAGCCAAUUAUGAAGUAUUGCGUAUUACUGUUGAUUUAAGUAAAUUGCACAAGGACAUUCUGCAGGUCCUGCCUGAUGCAGAGAUUGUUCCUGAUCCUGGAGACAAAAAUCAGCAAUCAACAUCUUUUUAUUUAUCAGAGCAAAUAAAAGAAGAGAAAAAAGAAAUAAAAUUGAAAGAUCAGACAGAGCCGUGUGACGUAGAGGAUGAGACUACCGCAUUUAGGCUCUUGGGAUUGAAGGCCACUGUCCACAUGCCAGAUCCAUCCAAUAAUAUGAUGACACCUCAUAAAGAAUCAGCUAAUGAUAUCCGAAACGCUAUUCAAUAUUUUCAUUCAACUGCGAAGACCAAAUUCGAGCAUUUGCAUCAUGAACACACACGAUUAACACAGAGACAUUUGUUAAAAAAUACCGAGCCUUUGAACUUGUUACCAUUUUGGGCAGUUGACAAAGGUUAUGAAAACAGACUAAGAUAUGAUAUCCAAACAAGAAAAAAUCAUUUGGUUAAGCAGGUACAAAUGAAUCAAAUGCAAGCAAAGGGUAACGUUAAAGAAUUUCUUAAGGAAAAAAGAAAGCAAGCUUUAUUUCAGAAUGAACAGGAUUGUUUUCUUCUUGAACAAGGUGAGCAGCUUAAUCGACUGAGUAAAUGUGAGUUGAUUGAAAAAGUGAAGCAGAGGCGUAAGCAGUUUUGUCGGGAGAAGGAACAUAAAGCAAGCGAGAUUUUGUUUGUCCAAGAAUUUAACACGCAACACACCUCAGUGACUAAAGCACUUCAAAAGCAGCAUCGCACAAUAAAAUGUAACUAUGAGAUGCUAGAGAAGAGCAGAAUUGUGCAAGAUGCGAAAGAAAAUAAUGAAAGACAAAAAACAUUCAUUCAGUCGCUAAAGGAUUACAGACAACUUGUGCUGCAAGCUGAAAAUGCUUCUGAAAAAGCUGUUCUUGACUCCCUUGUCCUUCAAAAAGCUAAUGAUAGGUUGCAAGAAGCCCAGACUCACAUUACCUCUCUGAAAGGUCGGCACAUUACGUUAAAGCCCAUGACCAAGAUACCAGUAAAUCAGCCAGUUUCCAAGGAAACACUUCAAAAACAUUUAAGCAUUUAAAAUUAUUAUAGCAAACAACUUGUCAACAACUGAUGUAUUCAAAUGUGAAAGAAAAAUUUUAUUAUGUAGCAAUAAUUGCAUUAGAGAUCAUCCAAUUAUGGUCUUGUAUAAUGGUGACAAGAUAACUGUAGUAUUAAUGUAAAAUGUAAAUAAUCAGAUUGCAUCUUGUUUUUAGGUAAAAUUACACAUUGCACAAGGAUUGUUUAUUUACACAUUUACAUUCAGAUAAUGCUUAAAGAAUACACAAAAUAUAUUCAUUUUGUAAAGAUUCCGUACAUUAAAGGGACAUGCAAUUAAAUAUUAAAUGUUUCAAAAAGA